UAAUUCACAAUAAAUUGAAAUGAACAGGAAAAUAUUUCCUAAUAGCUAACUAUUAUUGCUUAUUCAGUGCUCCCAUCUGAGGAGGACAGAAAGCAUGCUGGUAGUGGGAGACAUUCUUACCAGUCUGAAGCUGUAUCUUUGUAAUCACAAGGAUUGAAAGAGAUGUGGAAUGGAAUGGCUUGCUCACAAAGUGAUUCAAUGUUACUAGUGCUGUUUCUGUAUACCAUCAAAAAUCCUGUCUCUUAACAAGCAGAAAGAAAAUUCAUUGACAGCUUUGACUUGAGAUGUUUUCCCCAUUCUAAAAGCAAUUUCAUAGUCUGUGUGUAUCAGGAUUUUAGCCAAUCAAAAAGAGCUGAAUGCUAACAUGUAUACACAAUGGUGAUUGCUCCUGUACCUCAUUUGCCAUUGUUAUGUGACAUCCAACAGUAGCAUUUGACAAAACUGCUUUCUGAGUUUGUCACUGUCUUCUAACCCGGUUUGUCUGUCUUUUCUGUUGUGUAACUUGUACCUGUAUUUGCUCUGGGGACAAAGAACAAUCACACUAAAUUUUAAAAAUCCAGUGAUUUUUACCAUCCACAGAAUACUGUAAUCCCAUCUAAUUUUUCGAAUGAGCUCAGAAGCUAUUCAUCAAUGCAGAAAAGUCUUUAAAAUAUUGAUCUCUGAUAAAGUCGAUGAUACCUGCUCUCUUUUGAGCUAGUCAAAUUAAUUAACUUGGUUAUGUUUUCAGGCUAAAGAGGAAAUGAUGGACAAUAGAAGCUACUCUAAUCUGCCAGAAAAACUGCCUGUUUUCUCUGAUUCUGCCCACUUGCCACUGCCCAGAUCCUUCUAUCUGGACCCCAUGGUCACUUUCCACCUGUACCCUGAGGCCCCGGCGCCAUCCCCUUACUCCGAAGACCUGCAAUUGCUGCCUUUUUCCAGUGAUGCCUUAAUCAUGGAAAAUUAUGGUGAACCAUGUCCCUUCUCUUUCCCAAUGCCUCAUCCAAAUUAUAGAAGGUGUGAAUAUUCCUACGGGCCAGCCUUUAUCAGGAAAAGGAAUGAGCGGGAAAGACAGCGAGUGAAAUGUGUCAAUGAAGGCUAUGCCCAGCUCCGACAUCAUCUGCCAGAGGAGUACUUGGAGAAGCGGCUCAGUAAAGUGGAAACCCUCAGAGCUGCAAUCAAGUAUAUUAAUUACCUGCAUUCUCUUCUGUAUCCUGAUGAGACUGAGACUGAGAAUAACCCUGGGAAAGGUUCCUCCAUGAUGCCUACCACCAACCGCCACACUGAUCCCACCUUUAGAAUCAUUUGAU